AGCGUAGCAAUAGAUUCAAAAAAACCGAACGUAAAAAACUAGCUUUUUUAUACAUGUAUACUACACAACACUAUACUACAUGUAUUUUCCACCAACCAAAAAAAACGUAAAAUCCCAUCCCUGGAAUUUCAAAAUCGAUUUUUUGGAGGAAACAUUCCUAACUAAUCAGCUGAUUAUCACUAUUCGAGGUUAAGAAAAAUUGACGUUUAUAUCAUUUAUAUUUAAAAAAAACAAUAUGUAAUUUUAAAUAAAAUAAGUAGUUAUUUAAAUUUACACCAAGUUUACCACUUAACUACAUUUAAAUGGCAAAAGAAACAAACAUUAUAUUUGUGUACGAUACUGAAUUAUUAAAGAAAGAGGAAGAUGAUCCAAAUUCAGCAAUUUUAUAUUUCUAUCCUACUUGGGUGUCAGACGAACAAAAAACGGCGUUGUGUGGGCAAUUAAUGGGAACAAUUCUUUGUCUCAGAGGUCUAUUUUCGUUCCCUAAAAUCGUCGCUCUUCAAAGUGGAAAGUUUUAUUUUUUAGAAAACCAGAGGUACAUUUUAGCGAUUGGCAGUGAUAGGAAUACUCCGGAUUGGAUUCUGGAACAUCGGAGUAAAAUAGUAUAUUCUUUGUUAAAUUUCUAUCAUAAAAGCUUCGUGAAUUUAUCUACUAAAUAUCAGAAUGAAGCGUUGGCUGUUAAAAUGUAUUAUAUUUUCGAUGUGUAUUUAAAAAUUAUAUUAUUCGGAGGAAACAUUUUCAAUCAAGUAUAUUUACUACAAACUCACAAGAGUAAAAGUAGCUCUACAAUUGUUGAAGCUUCAACAUUUUUGGAAAGUUGCAGAGAAUUCUCGAACGUACUAGGCGGAACAAUACUCUACCACAAUAAAGUGGUUUUGACUCAAUUAUCUACAGAAACAACAAAGUUAUUAGUGCUCUCAGAUCCGUACCGAAUUAAAAAUGCCGCAGAAUCGCUUGACGUCGAUUUUGAGCUGCCUGAAGGAAUUCAACUUCUGCAAGUUUAUUUAACAAACAGCGAAUUCUGUACUUUGCUAGAGAAUUCGUUACAUAGCCAUUACAUGUUUCAGUAUUUAAAAAAUAAAAACACUAAAAAGUCUCAUAUCUUUAAAAACCAUGACGCAGACUCUUCGCUACUAUUUACCGCCGUACCUGAGGAAGAGGUACCUUCGAGCACCGAAACGUCCCUCCCCGUUCAGAAGAAACCUCGUCCAAAGUCGCUGAAUCUGAGGAGUAUCAGCACUGAUUCAAACGAUUCUCAAUACAGUUACAAGACCACGCCAAUGACACCCUUCUGCGGCCAGAAUUCUAUAGUCGAUACGCCUAUGACUGAGUUUAAAACGUUCGUCACAGAACAACCAAAAGAUCAGAAAGAAAAUAAAGAAGAAAAACAGUCAAAGAACGAAAUUAGGGCUGAAGAAAUUAAUAAAAUUGAACCAAAACAGGGUUCUAGCUUGACUAAUUUAACAGAAGUUCUAAACAGUAUUCCUCUAAAUCCCUUGCAGUAUUCAAACAAUAAAAAUAAGAUUUUACCUGCUCCAAAAAAGAGCAUAAAACUAAAAAGGUCUAAAACAGUUCACGAUCCAUUUUACCCGAUUUUUCGAAAAAAUGGCAUGGCCGCCAGUACCCACGUCUUCCAAGGUGUCCUCAAAAAACAAGAACCCUUACAGUUUUCGACAAACAAACACAGAAAAUCUCUUACUUUGCCUUUAAAAGCGAUGGACUUGUCAAAUGAGAGACGCAGAUAUUCUACAGGGGUUCAAUUGACGCCUCUCAUGAGUAAAUUGACUGCUCUGGCUUUGGAAGAACAAAAUUACUCUACAAAAUUGACUGUGAAUUCGAAGAAGCCGAAAAAUGUUAAAGCUAGCGAAGACGAGACUUUUCAGAGAUGUGCGUUGUUUCUUUAUGGUGAGAAAGAUGUCGUGGUGAGCUUGGUUUUGAAGGAGGAGGUGUCAAAGGAUAAAGACACGAUUUUUAGAUUGCUCGAGAUGUGUAAAGAACGGUUACCACAACUAGAAAAACAUGUGCGAGUGGUCGUGGAAUCGCAGAAUAAAAUUUCGGGACAUACGGAGGGCGAGCCCUAUAGCGUGCUCAGUAUCGACGAGAAAUGGGACAUGGUGAAAAGAUCUGGCCCUUGGAGCUUGACCGAGGACAACGUUUUGAACACUGUACACGAAGACUUCAAAAAGGACAACAAUAUAAGCGAAAUAUUGAUAAGGAAGCCCGAAGCAACGAUCUACGCCUACCACAACUCAUCUUGUGAAGUUUUUUACCACGAAGACGCACCCCUAUCUCACGGGCUUCUAUCGCCCACCGAUUCAAUGGGAUCUGUUCAGCUUAAAGCUAAACAAAGACUGGAAAGGGACCAUUCUAUUCUCUUAUAAAUAGAUAGAGAACUGUAUAAAAUAUUAUGGAAACUCAUAUAUUAUAUUUACAUGUUUUAGAUGAUGUAUACUAAAGAAUAACUGUGCCAAAAAUUAAGAAUAGCAAUCUUUACAAGAAUAUUUACAAGAAUUUUUAGAUACCUAAUUCAGUAUUUUGAUUUUAUAUUUUAUAGUAUGUAUACAGUUAAAGAAUAUAUAAUAUCUGUGUUAGUUUUUAGCAUAGUUUAUAUGUAUAGAUGUAGGUAAAAUAUCUAUAACUGAAGAUACUAAAAAUGAUAUUUGUCUAGACAUUCCAUAUACUACUGUUCCUUUAAAUACUUAUUUCUGUGAAAUACCUAUCUGUUGUUUCUUUUAUAUUGUUUUUUUAUAGAAAAAUAAAUUCAUUUUUAUUAUA